GACGGUGAUCCGUUGGCCGUACGGCAGAGCCGAACCGAACGAUAUAAAUACAACCGCAACACAAUAAACACGCGCUAUUAUAUGAUAUACGAUCGUUGCGAUUGUUUCAUCGACGGACCGCCUUCGAACGCAACACGACCACCCGAAUGAUAUAAUAUUAUAUAUGAUACAUACAUAAUAUAUAUUAUAAUAUCGUCGUCGUCGUCGUAUUAUAGUAUAUUAUAGACAGAUUUCAAGAGUUGUGCUCGUUAGGAACGGUGUGGACCACAACUACUACUGCACAGACACCGUCUCAGUAACUAUAUAUACACACGCACAUACGACACAUAAGAGAUACGUACGAGGCGCUGUAUAUAUACUCACCGCCCGCGCUUGAUAUGGACCCGAGAAGACGUGACAAUAGUUAUUUGGUUUUCGCGUGCACGCUGGCCUUGGGUUUUCUCAUCUGUAUGCCCGUCACUACUCACUCGUUGAUCAGAGGUGACUGUUUCUUACCACCAGACGAAGGCAAUUGUGGAAAUCGAUUGACUUUGAGAGUAAAAUACUACUUUGACUCAACUAAUGACGACUGCUCAGAAUUCCUUUACUUCGGUUGUGGUGGCAACGAUAAUCGAUUUGAUACAUUCGAAGAAUGCGAAAAUGUAUGCCUAUUUAACAACGGGUUUUAAAAUAAGCCAUCUUCGACUGGAUGUUCGAUAUGUUUUACAAUUGACAAUAAAUGUAAUAUAUCUACCUACAUAGAAUGUGAAAGUAUCAAAAAUAUCAAGACUUUGUUUUAAGAUACCGAGAAGAAUGAUGUAUAAUAUUUGAGUAGUGA